UGUGAGUGUUCGUCAGAUCUAGAAAUAUCAUCGAAUUUUUCUUCCCCUCUUUCCCCACGCUCUCUUGUCUCCUACCCAGCCCCUUUGAUUCUCAGGCCUGCUGUGUCCGAAGCUUCUCUCACGAACUUUCUCAAGUGCGACCGAUUGAUCGCUGAAUCUUCCGCCAUCAUGUCUCCCAUCGCAAUCGCUCCGAUUGCGGGUACGAAAGAUUUCAAGAGGGAAUCUACUUUGGCACGGUUAUUGGGGUCUGGUGUGUUUGAAAAUCUGCUCUUUUAUAAUAAUACCUGGAGCUUGUACUAAUGCGAAGGGUUGCAGGAUCUGCUGGUAUUGCUGAGCUUGCUGUUUUCCAUCCUGUAUGCUACAGCUCGAUCCCAGAGCAAUAAGAAGCCCUGCUUACCCAUUGAAGGUCGAUACCAUUGCAAAACGAUUGAUGAGCAACCAAGGAAAGGUAAAUUAAUGCCUGCGAGUUAUAAAGACCGAAGUUGGGACAUGUUGCUCACACUCUCCACAGGUUGGUUCUGCUGCCAAACUAAAUGCCGUUAUUUUCAAAGAGAAGGCCGGUGCGCCCGCUGGCCAGAAGUUCUUCUCUCUGUUCCCUGGACUCGGAUAUGCUGCUGGAUACAAGGUCAGACUGUUGCGAGAAAUAUCGAUCGAAUUCAUAUUGAUUUCAAUAGGUCCUCCAACGAAUCUACAAGUAUGGCGGGCAGCCAUUCGUCCGCGAUUACCUUUCCCGAAACCACGGCAGCACUUUCAACAAUACAUUUGGUGACAAGACUGGGAAAGCUAUGAUGUCUUCUCUAGCAGGAAGGUAAGCAAACGUUGGUGGUCUUUUGCGUUUGCUAGUAUUAAUGUAACAUUCGCAGUGUCAUUGGUAUUGGAGAGAUUGUUCUUCUACCUCUCGAUGUUCUCAAAAUCAAGCGUCAAACAAAUCCUGAGGCUUUCCGAGGACGAGGAGUUGUCGCAAUCGUGAAGGAUGAGGGGUUCGGUUUAUACCGAGGAUGGCAGUGGACUGCUGCCAGAAAUGCACCAGGAUCUUUCGCUGUUGGUACACCUGAUCACUUUCAUUCUUCCACACUAAUAUGAUUCUAGCUUUUCGGUGGUUCUGCAUUCACAAAGGGUCACCUUUUCGGUCUAGAAGAUUACAACAAGGCAUCUUGGUUCCAGAAUUUCAUUUCUUCCAUUGCUGGUGCCUCUGCAUCGCUCUUGGUCUCAGCACCUCUCGAUGUUAUCAAGACCCGAAUCCAGAACAGAAACUUCGAAAACCCGGAAGGUGGUUUCAAGAUUGUGAAAGACAUGAUGAAGAACGAGGGCGUUACCAGUUUCUUCAAGGGUUUAACGCCAAAGGUUCGUUCAUAUAUCAGCUGUUAUACUUCAAUUCCUUGCUAACAAUUAAAUAGCUCUUGAUGACCGGACCCAAAUUGGUCUUCUCUUUCUGGCUCGCCCAGACGUUAAUUCCGGCUUUCGAUAUUGCCCUAUCUCCUAAAUAGAUGAUUUGAUGCCUCUUUGAUGAAGAUAAAAUGUAACGAUAGGUAUUUGGUUGGUGCAAUGGUUGGGGGGAUCUGGAGAAAAAAAAGUCUCGGCGUUAAGAGUUUUGCAAUUCCUAGAGGAACAUAAUAAACUCAUCUGUACAUAUAGUUCGCGUUUAGUUGAGAAAGAAAACACCUCUACUCAUAUCAUAAGCU